ACCCGAUGGCUCUCACCCUCUUUGUCAUUCACAAAAGAUCACAAUAACCGUAACAAUAAUACCCAUGACAAUCUCAUCUUGAGGCGCAGAGGCUGCAGCAGGGCCAGUCAUAAAGAGACAAUCUGUAGGCAAAGCAGAGACAAACAGUGGGCUGCAGAGUGGGGGUCCCCAGGAGUGUGAGAAAGUAAAUACUGAAAGUGGGACACUCCACAGCGAACGGUCAGACAGAUGAGGCUUGAGGUGGAAUCUUUAGCAGCUCCGUCCUCAUUCAUUAUGUCCAUGUGUGAGCAUCCCCACUGACAGACGUUUACAGUAAAUACAUCUCUGUUGCUGCAAACAGGCUGCUGCCAACUCCUCAACAAGCUGCAGCGACUGCAAGCAGUAAAAAUAGGGGAAAAAUCUAUUCUUAUGGGGUAAAAAGAGCAAGUCAGCAGAAAGAAGAGCGAUGACAUAGUUAUUAAGCUCUUUGCUGGCAUUACCAUAGCCAGCAUUUUGUGUUGCCCUUAAUGAAAAAAACUUGAUCAUUAGUCUAAAAUAGAUCUAGAUAUUGAGUAAUGGGAGGUUUAAAUAGAAGACAUUUCACAGGCAGUGUUAGCCUGGAGAGUCUUUAUUUUUAUUUUUUAAGUUUAAUAAAGUUUUACAAGAAAAGCAACACUUGUCCUGGCUGAACAUGUGUAGACUCCUUAUUUUCCUCUUUUUGCUGCGAUGGCACUUUAACUAUUCAUCAUUUGCACCUGGUGCUACAUCAGCAAAUUUCCAGGUUUAUUUAUAUGUUUGCAUGUGUGUGUGUCUGUGUAUGUCCACAAAGGAAAAAUGUCUUUAGUUGGAACCUGUUUGUUAAUUUGAAAAGAAAUCCUUAUAUUUCAACUCCAGUUUUGAUCAUUUGUUUGGUUUGUUGCUAAUCUAACCAGCAUUCAGGUAAAACAUUCCAAACUUUUCAUUUAAGUUGCAUCAGACACAAUAUUGUUAGGGUUGUUUUUGUCCAGCAGAGAAUGUGAAACAGAUUAAGGAUCAAAUCCUCAUUAAAUUCUGGAAAGAGCUGGUUGCAUGCAAGAACUUAUUCAAUGAAUGGUUUAAAAAUGUAUAUUUUGGUUCACAAAGUUCUAGUUUGAAAUGCAAGAUCAAGUUGUUACAAGAUAGUGAAGAUCUGCUUUUAGCUGUGUCAGGGUUCUCAUUCAUCUUAUUUCUACCCCUCACACACACACACACACGCGCACAUACUGAGGUUGACUCAUUCACAUCUGCUUCAAAACUCUUGAUUGUGAAUGAAAAUCAGCAUCAUAAAAAAAAGGAUUUUUGUCCUGUUCGUCUGGAGCAUUGAUUGCUCCAUGUGCAUGCAUCCACACACAUGCAUCUUUUUGAACACUGCAGUGCACUAGUGAGAGGUGAUGUCAUUCUGUCUGCUGCGGCACCAGCAGAGGAAGCAAAGCAGGAGAAAUAAUAACAUAAGAGACAUGAAGGUGGAAAAGGGAAUAGACGUAACGGAGAAAAAAAAAGAACGAGUGUUGGGAGGAUUUGCUGUGAUGGAUGACGCCGAGAGAUUAAUUUCGAUGGAUAAUUUUGAGCUUCAUUAUGAGAAGCUGUGCACCAGUCUUAGCCUGAGGACAGCUGCACAUUGUGAGCCAUUGUGUUUUGAUGCUACCCGUGUUAACCAAAAAACGCUUCUACGCAGGCUAUUGUCUGCUCUUUCUACUCUGAACAGUGUGAUUAAUGUGCUUGCUUGGUUCUGCUCAGUCCAGAAGGCUCACGCCCAACCACUUUCUGUGGGAGAUGUGGAAAAGGAGGAGGCAUCAUUCACUGAAAUCCAAUUCAGCUACAUGAACCUGAAGAGUUGCUUCAUCACACAUUCCUGUCGUCUCUUUAUAUAGAACAAGCAAGCUGCACCUGUUUAUGUGUGAGCCCGGGGUGGGUGUGGUUCUCCUGAAUCUUUAUCUCGCCGCACCACGCACUCCCUCCUUGACGUCAGCUGCUAAUCACACAAACGCAUGAAAAUGCAGAAGUGCGCAGUAGGAAAUCCUUGCCAUGAAGGGAAAUUCUUCCUGCAGGGCUUUGAGAAUGAGUUGCUGCUGUUGUGUAGACAUCUGCAGACUGCACAGGGGCUCACAUUGAGGCAGAUGCUGGCAACAGUUUUCUUCGAGCGGCUCGAUCUGGCAACCUGGACAAGGCCUUGGAACAUAUAAAAAAUGGCAUUGAUAUCAAUACAGCCAAUCAGAAUGGGCUCAACGGGCUGCAUCUGGCCUCCAAAGAAGGCCACGUCAAAAUGGUGCUGGAGUUGCUUCACAACGGAAUCACACUGGAGACCACCACAAAGAAAGGGAACACCGCCCUCCACAUUGCAGCUCUGGCAGGGCAGGAGCAGGUGGUCACAGAGCUGGUAAACUAUGGGGCCAAUGUCAACGCUCAGUCGCAGAAGGGUUUCACUCCACUCUACAUGGCAGCACAAGAAAACCAUCUAGAGGUUGUGAAGUUUCUGCUGGAGAAUGGAGCCAAUCAGAGCAUUCCAACAGAGGAUGGAUUCACGCCGCUCGCCGUGGCUCUUCAGCAGGGGCAUGAGAAUGUCGUAGCUCUGCUCAUCAACUAUGGCACCAAGGGAAAGGUCCGGCUCCCUGCACUGCACAUUGCAGCACGAAAUGACGAUACACGCACAGCUGCAGUGCUUUUGCAGAAUGACCCUAACCCUGAUGUCCUCAGCAAGACUGGAUUCACACCCCUCCACAUUGCUGCACAUUAUGAAAACUUGAAUGUGGCACAACUGCUGCUUAAUCGAGGAGCAAAUGUAAACUUCACUCCAAAAAACGGCAUCACCCCUCUACACAUUGCCUCCAGACGAGGGAAUGUGAUCAUGGUCCGACUCCUGCUGGACCGGGGAGCCCAGAUUGAUGCCAAGACCAAGGAUGAGUUGACUCCUUUGCAUUGCGCUGCCAGAAACGGACAUGUCAGAAUAAUAGAGAUCCUGCUGGACCAUGGGGCUCCAAUCCAGGCGAAGACAAAGAAUGGCCUGUCACCAAUCCACAUGGCAGCACAAGGGGACCACAUGGACUGCGUCAAGCAGCUCCUGCAAUACAACGCAGAGAUUGAUGAUAUAACACUGGACCACCUCACUCCGCUGCAUGUGGCAGCACACUGCGGGCACCACCGCAUGGCCAAAGUGCUGCUGGACAAAGGAGCGAAACCCAACUCGAGGGCUCUGAAUGGCUUCACUCCUCUGCACAUCGCCUGUAAAAAGAACCACAUGCGUGUGAUGGACCUCCUGCUCAAACAAUCAGCAUCACUAGAAGCUGUGACUGAAUCAGGCCUGACCCCCUUGCAUGUUGCAUCCUUUAUGGGUCAUCUUAAUAUUGUGAAGAUCCUCCUCCAGAAGGGAGCUUCUCCCAGCGUCUCUAACGUGAAAGUGGAGACUCCGCUCCACAUGGCGUCUCGGGCGGGUCACUUUGAAGUAGCAGAGUUUUUACUGGAGAAUUCAGCGCCGGUGGAUGCCAAGGCAAAGGAUGAUCAAACACCUCUGCACUGUGCUUCUCGGAUGGGUCACAAAGAGCUGGUGAAGCUUCUGCUUGACCACAAAGCCAACCCCAACUCCACCACCACAGCAGGACACACGCCUCUGCACAUCGCUGCCCGGGAAGGUCACGUUCAAACCGUCCGCAUCCUACUGGACAUGGAGGCCCAACAGACCAAAAUGACCAAAAAAGGCUUCACUCCACUGCAUGUAGCCUCCAAGUACGGGAAGGUGGACGUGGCAGAGCUGCUGCUUGAGCGAGGAGCCAACCCUAAUGCAGCUGGGAAGAAUGGUCUGACUCCGCUGCAUGUUGCUGUACAUCACAACAACCUGGAUGUUGUUAACUUGCUUGUCAGCAAAGGAGGGUCACCACAUAGCGCUGCCAGGAAUGGCUACACUGCCCUCCACAUUGCAUCCAAGCAGAACCAGGUGGAGGUGGCCAACAGCCUGCUGCAGUACGGAGCUUCAGCCAACGCUGAGUCACUGCAGGGCGUCACUCCGCUCCACCUCGCCUCGCAGGAGGGAAGGCCUGACAUGGUUUCCCUGCUCAUCUCCAAACAGGCCAACGUCAACCUGGGCAACAAGAGUGGAUUAACACCAUUGCACCUGGUGGCACAGGAGGGACAUGUAGGCAUUGCCGAUAUCCUAGUGAAGCAAGGAGCUUCGGUCUAUGCUGCCACACGGAUGGGCUACACCCCUCUGCAUGUAGCCUGUCAUUACGGCAACAUCAAGAUGGUGAAGUUCCUCAUACAACAGCAGGCCAAUGUUAACAGCAAAACAAGGCUUGGUUACACUCCUCUGCAUCAGGCAGCGCAGCAAGGACACACAGACAUUGUGACUUUAUUGCUAAAACAUGGUGCCCAACCCAAUGAGAUCACGACUCAUGGCAUGUCAGCGCUGGCCAUUGCAAAAAGGUUGGGAUACAUCUCUGUUAUCGAUGUCCUGAAGCUCGUCACUGAGGAGACUGUUUCUAUGACGACAACAGAGAAGCAUCGCAUGAGUUUUCCAGAAACUGUGGAUGAGAUAUUGGAUGUGUCUGAGGAUGAAGGAAUUGCACAGCUAACGUUAGGAGAGGAGCUCUUGGGGACAGAAGGGGCCAGGUACAUGAAGAUGGAUGACAUGAAAGACCAUGAUGACGAUUUCCUCUCCCCCAAGAAAUCACUGGAGUACGAGAGAGGGCUGGGCACAGCGAAUUACUCACCUGCCAUUCCCAGGAUUCCCCGUGUCUCCCCGGAGAAUAUGAAUCUGCCAGAACAUGAAAUAGAUCAGCAACACACACCACUUCCACUGCCCAAAGAAUAUGACGAGGACUCACUGAUUCCCAGCAGUCCAGCAACUGAGACGUCUGACAAUGUCAGCCCAGUCGCCAGUCCCAUCCACACAGGAUUUCUGGUCAGUUUUAUGGUGGAUGCACGAGGCGGUUCAAUGCGAGGCAGCAGGCAUAAUGGUCUGCGUGUCAUCAUACCUCCACGGACGUGUGCGGCACCCACUCGCAUUACCUGCCGCCUGGUGAAGCCGCAGAAGCUGACCAGCCCCCCUCCUCUGGUGGAGGGAGAGGGGCUGGCCAGCAGGAUUAUUUCCCUGGGUCCAGCUGGGAUGCAGUUUCUGGGACCGGUGAUUGUGGAGAUUCCCCACUUUGCUGCUCUGGGUCGUGGAGACCGAGAGCUUGUUGUGCUCAGGAGUGAGAAUGGAUCCGUCUGGAAGGAGCACCGCAACCGCUACGGUGACGAGGUGCUGGAAACCAUCCUAAAUGGGAUGGAUGAGGAACUAGAAAGUCAAGAGGAACUCAGCAAGAAGCGAAUCCGCCGCAUCAUCUCUACUGACUUCCCUCUUUACUUCGCUGUUGUGUCAAGAGUCCAACAAGAGAGUGACUUGAUUGGUCCAGAGGGAGGUUCACUUACCAGUAAACUAGUGCCGAUGGUGCAGGCAACGUUUCCAGAGACAGCGGUCACAAAAAGGGUCCGCCUCGGACUGCAGGCCCAGCCAGUUCCAGAUGAGCUGGUUGCAAAACUGCUGGGUAACCAAGCAAACUUUAGCCCUGUAGUCACUGUGGAGCCUCGGCGGCGCAAGUUUCACCGCCCCAUCGGCCUGCGCAUCCCCCUGCCUCCCUCCUGGAGGGAGAGUCCCCGUGACUCAGGCGAAGGCGACACCACCAGUCUGCGUCUGCUCUGCUCUGUUAUAGGUGGAACAGCCCCAGCCCAGUGGGAAGACAUUACUGGCACCACCAAGCUGCUCUAUGCCAGUGACUGCGCCAGCUUUACCACUAAUGUUUCUGCACGGUUCUGGCUGGCAGACUGUCCUCGGACAGCUGAGGCCGUCUCCUUUGCCAACCUGCUCUAUAAAGAGCUAUCAGCUGUACCCUACAUGGCCAAGUUUGUAGUGUUUGCAAAGAUGAACGAGCUGCGCGAGGGCCGUCUGCGAUGCUACUGCAUGACAGACGAUAAGAUGGAUAAAACUCUAGAACAGCACGAGAACUUUACCGAAGUCGCCCGCAGUCGAGACAUAGAGGUGAUGGAGGGAAUGCCACUUCACCUGGAGUGUUCAGGAAAUCUGGUGCCAGUGAGGAAGGCUACACAGCAGCCUCGCUGCUUUAGUUUCCAGGCUUUCAGGGACAACAGGCUUCCGGUCUCUGUCAAGGUGAGAGACAGCAGCAAAGAGCCUACUGGAUUUUUAUCUUUCCUACGGAAGUCCACUAAAUAUGAGGACAGCCAACAAGUACUCUGCAACCUUAAUAUCACUAUGCCUCCUUGUAUCAAGAUUAUUGGUAGUGAAGAUAGGAGGCGAACACUGACCCCUUUGGCUUUGAGAGAAAGAUACAGCGCCCUAAAUGAACCCGCUUUGGCAUCCAUGAGUGCAAUGGAGAGAACGGAGCUGAAGAUGGCAGUGAUCGCAGAGCAAUUGGGCCUGAGCUGGGCUGAGUUAGCGCGUGAGCUACAGCUGAGUGUAGACGAUAUCAACAGGAUUCGAGUUGAGAAUCCGAACUCCCUCCUCGAACAGAGCUCCGCGCUGCUCAACUUGUGGGCAACGCGUGAAGGCAAAAGGGCCAAAAUGGAGAGUUUAUACACCGCCCUGAAGAACAUUGACCGUAUGGACAUCAUCAACAUGCUGGAGGGUCACCCGCCCCAGCCUAUGAGACAAGGCUCCCGUGACCUGAACAGACGGCGACACAACGACAGAGACCAUCUCUCCCCUGGUAUGACAAAUGGUUAUGGGCUUGCGCAGGAGGAGCUCCAUUCGCCGGCCUCAAUGCAGUACAGCCUGCCCUCUCCGUUGGGUGCCGAGUCUUACUGGCAGGAAGUGUCCAGCCUGGACUGUGCACCAAUUGCCACCACAGAAGAAGACACCUUAAUGGAGAUGUCCGAUGUUCAGGUUUGGCCCUCUGGCAACAGCCCCUCCUUGGUACCUGUGGAGGAUUCCUCGCUGGAAUGCAGCAAUGCAGAUGACUCAGAAGGUCUGCUGGGGCUGCCAUAUGGAAGUCUGGGCCGACCGGCCAGCCAGGCCAGUGCAGCCAGCGCAGGGGGUGUGGUGCUGAGUGGCUCUAUUGAACUGCCAGAAGAUGACUCAGAGAUGGGAGUAGAUUCUCUCAGCACAACCACCCCAGCCUCCAUUGGGGGAACCAUAGCAGGGAUCAAUCUCAACGGGCUAAACAACGGUCAGGGGUCAGAGGCAAGCUCAGAGUUAUCAGCCGUCACAAGUACGACGGGUGGUGAUGGAGCUGAAGGAGGAGGACGACGACUAGGUGGAACUGGCUCAGAAGAAAGACAUUCUCUUGUUUCAGGACAACAAAGAGUGUACGCUCGGUUGAGUGAGUCACCUGGUCUGAGCUGUGUUGCAGAUCGGAAUGGAGACAGGUCAGCUAAUGGUGGAAACGGAAGUGGAGGAGGCUCUUUCCUUUCUUACCUGCAGGAACAGACCGGUUCAGCAUGGAUGCCUGUCACUGACCCCACACAGUCUUGGGUGGGCACCCAGUCUAAGCCCAGGCAGGCCAUGGAGACUAUGAUUUCAUCUGUACGUAAUGCUGUGGAUGUAGACCCAUCCCUAAUGUCCCAGGAGGCCUUGCUUCAACCCGUGAGGGACAUGGGGCACUCUGAGAUUUUACGGGGCCACUUCAGAGGUACCCAGCCUUUUGAGAAGGGUUUGGGAUUCCCACACAGGGUACCAGAACUGAGAGCCUGGGACGACGUGCGCCUGAAAGGUCAGGGCGAUGAAGUUGAAGACCUUGCUGGUGGGCAAGUAAGUGAGGAACAGUUCACAGAUGAACAUGGAAACAUCGUCACCAAGAAGAUUGUACGGAAAGUUGUGCGCAGAGGGAAAGGUUUGGGAGAAGAAGGGGUUCUGGAAGUGGAGGGUGCCCUGCUGGAUGCCAACGAACUGGAGGGCGAUGCUGAGCAGUACCUGAGCUACGCCAUCCUAGGCCGCGACAGCAGCAAGACCGAUUCUGUGGAUGUGAAGAAAGGUGCUCAGAUAGUGAAAUGUGCCAGUCUGCGGAGAGUUAAGCAGUGAGGCAGACAGAGUGCUGCGUCCCUGCAGAGUUCUCCGCAAGAUUCAACCCCUUCACCGAAACAAUCGUACAUGGACACAUGACCAGCAGCAGCUGUCAGGCAGAAGACCACACAGGGACUGGCAGACAAAUGAAAACGAAAUCCCCCUCCAACACAACGACAGCGGCGUUGCCAACUUUCAGCACGUUUCAGAAGAAAAGGAUAAAGAUCUAACUUCUAGUUUUUAUUACCUCUUUAUUUUUAAGAAACUCUGGUUUAAAAAAAAAAACUAAUCCUACUAGGCUAGAAGCAUGAUUUCAUACAAAACCAAACACAGGCAAAAAAAAAAGAAAAAAGAAAGAAACGCAACCGACAUGUGCUUCCUGUUAUCUGUAUCAGCAUGAGUGAUUGCUGCCGCAUGGCCUGUCUUUAACUACAAAUACAGAGGGAAACACAGGGGCGGGUGAAGGGGGUGGGAUGGGACAGGCAUGCAAUGUUUAUUCAAUCACUGGUCUGAUUUCUAAAUUAACCAGGACACUAACUGUUUAUCAGUCAGAGAAAAAAAAGAGACUACAAACUUAAAUUCCUCUCUUCCUCAACACACAGAUCCGUUUUAAUCCCCUCUCAGUGCGCCGAGCACAACAAAGCUCCUCUAACCACCCAAGAAUAUCAGUGUACAUAAUAUUGUAUGCACUCACAAGCUCUACGUGACAGUGUGUUACGUGUGUUGUUUAUGUUCUCUGAGAUCUCUAUGCGAUGCCACUGAUGCUGCUUUCAUGUACAUAAGAGAUUCCUUCCUCGUUUUAUUGUUAGAUCUGUUCUGUCAGAACCUAUAUAAUACUAGUCUAUAUAUCCUGAGAUCUUUGUGGGUACAAGAACAUGCAAUCGUUAUGUCACUCUGCCUGUUUUAAUUCAGUUUAUGCUCAUUUUUCUGCACCUUUCACUUGCUGUCACCAUUUAGACUGCAGAGAGACGGACUUCUCCUCCAUCAGUUGCUGUACUGUGGGUCUUUUUCCAUCUUUAGGAGGCAGUUUUAAGACCUUCUCUGUGCAGAAGGAAACAGUUUAGAUGAAAGUUUAUGAGGAGACUAAACUUCUUUUCCAUCUCUCUUCUUUUGCUUUGGUUUCGUCCACACCGUUUUGUAAUAAUGUAUCUCCCCUCUGCGGUCACCCUAUCAGAGCACAUGUAGCAGUCCUGUCCUCCUUCCCUGAUAGAGGACAGGAUCCCACCUUCCACUCGCAGCUGUCCAGUAAAAUCCUCCAGCAUUUCAUACCACCACACACACACACACACGGUGCACAUACUGAUCACCUGUCCUCCACUAGACGAUGUCACUCGAUGAGGUAGCUGAAACACUGGCAAUGUAGCACUGAUCUGACUGGGCAGGCAGAGGAGCGUCGCGUCACGGGUCGAGGUCGUGUUGAGCUCUGAUGUUUGUCCUUUGGAUGGCUAUUGGGAACGUAGCAAAGGCAGUCAGUCACCGAUCACUGUGAUGAGAAACUGUAAUACUGACCUGUAACUGUGAGCCUGGCUCCCCCUCGUCUCCAAUCUCUUCUCCUUUCAAUUCAUCUUACGUUGUAAUAAUUCACUUUCUUUGACGUUUAUUCAUGUAAUAUUCAAAAGGAGCAAUAACUGCUAGCAAAAGGAAAAAAAGCAUAUUUAUGUGUGAUAGUGUGAGAAAAGAAUGGAAAUUUAAGGAUCAAAGGUCACGGUCUUCCUAAACCCUAUCACAGCUUCACAGUCUUCUCUUUUUUCAGAAACGAUGUCAGUAAUUUAGGAUUCCACCUUUGCGUAUUUUGAUCCACAAAAACAUUGUUUAUGUUGGUGUGACUUCAUAUCAUAAAUCAAGUGGCGGUUUUUGCACAAAUGGCACAAAAUAGAUUAAAAUAUGCACAAAUCCCUGUAGAACAACUCAUGCUUAAUCCAUCUGUAUGGUUUCUAGCUCGUAUUACUUUUAGAAUAGCACUUUAUUCUAAAAGAAUAAAGUAUUAUAAUUUAACUUUUUAAUGUUGCACAUAAAGAUUGAAAGUUUUGUGAAUCUCAAACUGUGCUUUAAAGAAGUGGCACCGACCAACACAGAGCAGAAUAAUCCAGCUCAGGUUCCACAGUCUCAGUCUUCUUUUUCAAAUUUUGAAUAAACAGAGAAAAUGUUGUCCAAACUAUUAAAAAAGAGUGAAAUAUCUCUAGCGGUCUACAACUCAGAUACCAAGUUCAUCAUCUUUCCCAUCCUACAUUGUAUAAAUGUUUAGUUUUUUUGUGUUUUUUUAUAGUUUUCCACUGUAACACACUCUUCAAUGACUGAGCAUGCUCAUGACAUCUCUGAUGGAAUGACGCCCUGGGUGGUGAGCCAUGUCAAAAACUGUCACUGCAUGAAUCUCAUCUGCAAAGUGCCCAAAGUUUGAUUUUGUUGUUCAUUUGAGAAUGUAGGUGUGUCCAAGCAGUUUUAAAUCUUAAAGACAUUCAUAUGCACCUUAUAAGUUUGCAUGUGUUUCUGGGUACCUCUUCUGUCCCAGAAAAGGGGACAAUUAUGGUUAGGGUGUGGUACUGCAAAUAGUCAGACUAUAUACAUAAACUUUUUGAUUAAUUUUAGAGGUUGAUUUACCUCAAUAUGUGUGUGCCAUCUCACAUGAUGCAAACUGUCUAGACAUGCAUUUUAUCCCGAUGCCGUGUUCCCCUCUGAACUCUUUAUCAGACAAAAAUAUAUAAACCACAGAAAUGUCGCAAUAAGCAUCCAUCUGUAAAUGUUUAGUAGGCUCCACAGCCAGAAACGAUGAAUGUAAAGUGGUGGUAUUACUGUGAGUCCUGUCAUGUGUUGGCUCUGUAUUUUAAUAGAUAUUAGGGUGUUCACUCUGUUUUAAGCUCAGUAUCUGCUCAUCAUACAUUUGACUUCCUCCUCACUUCAUCACAAACAUACAUGAAGGACGGUUUUUAAACAGGAAAGCCUUGACUAGUAUUUGCAAUUAUCUCUUUGUUAGAUGAUAUUUAUAUUUUAUUAUCUUAUUUAAAACUCAUGAAAGUAAUAUUAUAUAUUGAAAAUGUAUUGAACUGAAAGUAGUUCCCGGUCUGUCACAGCAUACAAUUUGCACCAUACAACGUAACACCUGUUUUUUGGUUACACUACAGAGUAUUUAAAAUGCAUAUAUUAAUAAAAUGAAUCAUGAAAUGAGCAAAAUUUAAGUAUAUAAACAACUUGAUAUUAUAUAUGUACGAAUAUUUUCCCAUUAUGUUUCUUUUUGGAAAUGUCAAAUGAUUAUUCUUUCAGAUAUUUUUUUUUAAUUUUAUUUUUUGCUGACUUGCUAAUAUCUUUUACCAUUUUUUUCUGGUGUCAAAGGUUUGAAUGUGACACCUUUGAGUUUUUUAUUGUGCUGCACCUUCUGAACAGAGUAGAUUGAAACAAAAAUAGCAAAAUAAUAUAUGUGGCUUUGAGCAAAUAUAACAUAAUAACAAUAAUAAUGAAUAUAAUUCAUAAGUUCACAUCAGAUUUUUUUUUCAGGAUUUAUUUUACUGGAGGCUAGAAGCCCUUUUUUUUUUACUUUUUAAGACUAUUUAUUUAAUCUUUUCUAAAGGGAUAUUUCAUUCCUCCUACAUGUUUGGGUUGCUUUUACAAGCUGACUGAUUUUAUGACUCCUCUGCUGAUGUCAGGGUUACUGUCACAGGGAUCCGAUUAUUGGGGAAAACUCACCAAGGGGGAGCAAUCUGAAAAAAGGUGGAAUUUCUUGAGGAAUUCAGUGGCUUCAAGAUGACAAGCAUUUUUCCUCAACACAGCCCUCCCUCUAUUCUGUUUAGUUGUUUUUUGUUUGUUUCCCUCUUACCAAAUAUGAGACUGAGCCAAAUCUGAGGCUUCCACAUGGUGACAGACUGAAUGUGGUCAGAAAGGUGUCCGAGCAGGUGCCAGCAGGAGGCGCUGUGCUCACAACAGCGAGGUGAAAACCUGGAAAGCCCUGCACUGAGGGACUGCCAAAAACGAUGCCAUGCACCAAGUUCAUGCAAAAAUAUUAACUCCUGCAAAAACUAGAGAACACAUGUAUAUUCCUUUAGAAUGGAUUGAAGACAUUAUUAACGCAAUAGCAUAUUACUCGAUACUAAGGAAUGCAACUGCGCACAUGCACAAAAUAUUUUUAACAUAAAAAGGCUAUUGAUAUAUAUAUAUAUGGAACAUAUAAAUAUAUAUAUUUACUUAGAAUGCUAUGCACCCUUACUUGUCAACUGGGAUUUCUAUUAUGUUAUGGAUGUACUUUUCGCAUCAUACAGCUGUAGCUACCAAGAGACUGUUGAGUUCUGGGUAUUGCCUGCAAUCUGGGGAUAAAUGGGGAUAUUAUGGGUGUUUUAACUUGUUUUGUUUUUGUUUUUUAUUGUCAUGGAGAGUCAAACAUGAAUUUAAAAUAUACACGUGAAAACCUUUUAACCUAAUCAAAGUCUAAGGGCAUCUAUUGACAAUUUACUCUGUACACCAGCUCAACAUUUACAAAAUUAAUAAAGAAAUGAAAUGUG